GGGGAAAUGUCGUGAAGGGCGGUCCGGAGGGGCCUGCGGCGGAGAGAGCGGCCGGGCUCGGCUGCCGGCACUUAAUGCCCCGUGUCCUGGCGGCCGCCUGCUCCGUCUGCUCCAUGUGGGGCCCGGACCGGGCUCUCGGCCUCUCUUCUUCACUUUCCUUCUACUAUGGCCAGGAAAACAGUUAGCAGGAAGCGGAAAGCGGCGGCGGCGUCCGCCGCGGGGCCCGGGGGUCUCUACGGGGAGCAGUAUGGAUGGGAUCAUUCAGUGCACAAAAGGAAGCGGCUUCCCCCAGUGAAGCGGUCCCUGGUGUAUUACCUAAAAGGCAGGGAGGUCUGGAUGCAGAAUGAGUCCAGCUACCACCGCCUGUUGCACGGAUAUGCAGCCCAGCAGCUUCCCAGCCUCCUGAAGGAGAGGGAGUUUCAUCUCGGAACCCUCAAUAAAGUGUUUGCCUCCCAGUGGCUGAACCACCGGCAAGUGGUAUGCGGGACAAAAUGCAACACAUUAUUUGUGGUAGAUGUCCAGACCGGUCAAAUUACCAAGAUUCCUAUUCUGAAAGACCGUGAGCCUGGCAUGGUGAACCAGCAGGGCUGUGGGAUUCACGCCAUUGAGCUCAACCCCUCAAGGACCCUUCUGGCUACAGGUGGAGACAACCCCAACAGUCUUGCAAUUUAUCGUCUGCCUACACUUGAUCCUGUCUGUGUGGGAGAUGAUGGACAUAAGGACUGGAUAUUUUCAAUUGCAUGGAUCAGUGAUACUAUGGCUGUUUCUGGUUCUCGAGAUGGUUCAAUGGGUCUCUGGGAAGUCACAGAGGAUGUGCUGUCCAAAAGUGAUUCCAGACACAACUUGUCUCAAGUUCCUGUCUAUGCCCACAUAACACACAGGGCUCUGAAGGAUAUCCCUAAAGAGAACACCAAUCCUGACAACUGCAAAGUUCGAGCACUGGCUUUCAACAAUAAAAACAAGGAGCUGGGAGCUGUGUCCCUAGAUGGGUACUUUCAUCUUUGGAAAGCAGAGCACACACUGUCAAAGUUGCUGUCCACGAAAUUGCCAUACUGCAGGGAGAAUGUGUGUUUGGCUUAUGGUCAGGAGUGGUCAGUGUAUGCUGUAGGAUCACAGGCACAUGUCUCCUUCCUGGAUCCAAGGCAGCCUUCUCAUAAUGUUAAAUCUGUCUGUUCCAAAGAACGAGGCAGUGGCAUUCGAUCAGUGAGCUUCUAUGAACACAUCAUCACAGUGGGAACAGGGCAUGGUUCCUUACUGUUCUAUGAUAUCAGAGCCCAGAGGUUCCUGGAUGAAAGGCCCCCACGUGCCUGCUAUGGACAGAAGCAGAAAUUAGGAGGAAGUGAAAUUCUGAAGCUGACUACAGGGAAAGGUUGGCUGAAUCACGAUGAAACCUGGAGGAAUUAUUUUUCUGAAAUUAAUUUCUUCCCAAAUGCUGUUUACACCCACUGCUACGACUCAUCUGGAACGAAGCUCUUUGUGGCAGGCGGCCCUCUUCCUUCAGGACUUCACGGGAAUUAUGCUGGUCUCUGGAGCUAAUGAUAACUCUUUACAAAUGCUGAUCCUUACACAGUUUUCUACUUUCUUUUCCUUUGUUUUAACAGUGAAUGAAACUGUGUGAUGCCAUUGAAUUCUGUUUUAAAUGCAAGUAAUUUUUUGUCAGAGUUUUCUGUUGGCCUCCAACAGUUUUAUACAUCUCUUUGAACCAGUUCUUUGCUUUAACCUCCUUGAUCCUUUAUAUGAUGGGUGUUUGAUAUCCCUUUCUAUUUUAUUUACUCAAAAUGACUCCCCCACAUUUAGGCUAUCUUGGCCACACGCCCCCUCCCCUACUUUGCUGUGAGGUAGGAUUCCUUUCUAAUGGAGCGGUUGCUCCUGCGCUUUCUGUGAAAGUCUAGGGGCUGUGUGUGUGCAGGUACUUUGUGUCAGUUACAUUACCUGGAGUGAGGACUACUUGUAAUUAGAAAAUAUUAAAAAUAUUUAUAAGAGAUAAGCUACUACUUUAUCUGCAGAGCCUGGCCCUGGCCUGGGUUGAUCUUAUUUUUUAAAAGUACAAGUCUAAUGAUACUGUUUAUAUGUAAAGGAAUACAGUAAUUUUAAGCUGUACUCAUUGGAGCCCAGGGAUAGACUCCCCAGGGGUAUUACCCAUCAAGCCUAAGCUGCAGAAGCACAGGAGUUCUCAAAAGUGCAUUUACAUUUUAAUUGUAGUUUUCAGCAGUGCCAGGAGCAAAAACAUGAUCUUCUGUUCCUGUACUUGAUCCAGGUAUCAGCUUACGCAGCUGGAGUUUGAGUAGGCUGUUCUGCAGCUUGGUGGUUGCAGAAUAACAUUACAUUGAGGGGCCUGCAGAGGUGAUGAAAGGAAAUGGGGGCUAGGGGUACAAGUUUUAUUGACAAGAAUAAGUGAACUAAACUAUUUUCCAAGCAAGCCAAGGUUCCCAAGUAUGCUGCUAUGGUAGCUCGUGGGUUAUUUUCAGACAGCCUAAAGCCCAGGUUUUUUGUCCCAGGUUAUGGAAUUUUUUCCAUUUUUUUUUUAAUCUGUUCUGGUCAUUAGGGUUGUUAGCUAUCUGCUCUGAUAAGCUAAUUGAAUAAAGAAACUAUUUUUUCCUCUAAGGUUAAAGAGUGUGUCUCAGACUUGUCUAAUGCAGGCUUAAAGCUUACCACGUACCAAGAUAACUUGCUGUUAGCUCAUGUUGCGUUAGUAUCCACUGUCAUGUAGCUUGCAAUAGGAGAUGUUCAGUCUUUCCCAGACUCCCCUACUGCCUUCUCUGUUUGAACUCUUUUGAAUUUUACUUGGGACUGUGGGUGGGGAGAACAGAUCCAGUGCCUUUUGGGUCCAGCUGUGAAGUGUAUGCACUUGAGUAUGGUGAUCUUAUCUAAUUCUAAGCUAAAAUGCCGGGCUCCAGAGUGCUAUCCCUGGUCCUCCAGUAGGUACCAGGAACUCGUGCCUCGUUACCAUCUGCUGCUGAGAUGAACACUGGAGCAGAGUGCAUGCCUUGGCCUCGCUGCUUUGGUGCCAAAUGAGCAGCUGAAGCUGAGGAGAAAAGGCAAGACUGGGACAUGCUCUUUUCUCCUGUCUCUGCUGGAGAUUACAGCUGCCACAGUAGAGCGACUCUAGUUUCUGCGAGAGUUCCUGCCAGAUUUAUCAGAGCUACUUAGCACAGUCUGAUUGUGUCCUUACAGUCCUCCUGUCUUUGUACGCAGUGUCUUCAUCAAUAAUGCCAAGCAGUGAGACCCUGGCUUACAUCUUUUGCUGAUGGGAUUACACAGUGUAACAGUCUUGUUCCUGAGGGUGAACAGGCUGGUUUAUUUGGCAUUAGGCACCAAGUAGAGAAGGUAACUAAUUGUAGCAGACCUUCAGUCCUUACUUCCUGCUGUUCAACUUUUCAGGAAUAAUGGGAUCUUGUGCUGCUAUUGACUGUAGGAAGCUGUUCAUUUUACCUCUCACGUCUUUUAAGUAGACUACAUUUUUCUUAUUUAUAAUCACAUGCAAUCAAACUAGUGACUUUCAUGUUCAGUAAUGCCCAGCCUGCAGUACUGGGAAACAACCUCUCAGCAACAAUCAGGUGUUAGUUAACAGACAUUCCCAUGGAACCUGAAGCUACAAUGCAAUGUUAGCUUGAGCAUAGCAUUGCAGGUGAUGCUCACUCUCUUCACAGACACCUAGUUCUUGGCCAUUCCCUCAGCCUUCCCUGUUGUACAGUCAGCUCAGCCAAGGAGAAGUACUACUGUUCUCCCCAGGUGUUUUCUGGGACUGUUGUAAAGCAUUGAGUCCAUUGUUUUGUCCCUUCAUCAGUGCUACUGGUGUUAGUCCAAGGUGAGUAAAUUACCAAAGAAUAGUAAAUAGGUGUUUGUUCAUAGUCUCAGUUGUUCAUUUUCCACAUAGAUCCAUUUUAAAAUAAUUUGCAAGAGUGCCCAGAGACCUGACCAGAUUUAGUCUGUCCACGAAGGUUGCAUUUGUAUUGUGAGUGAUUCUUGUGACUCCCUUAAUGAGGGAGACUCCUGAAUUUCAUUAUGGGGAUAUUUUUGCUGCCUCUGUUUGAGGUCUUUGGCAGCAUUUUUGUAUCUUAAGGAUUAAAAUAAUUGUGUAUCAGUUACUCUUCUGUAGAAUUUCAACCUCUUUCUUCACUUGAGCACUUGCUUUGUAUAUAGCUUGCAGCUGCAGAGUUACAAAAUUAAAGUUGUGUUCCAUCUAUAUUAAGUGGUGGUUUGGUGUCUUACUUUUACUUUUACAGUCCCCUCAUCUGAGAGGGACUGACCUUGUGAUGAACAGAUUUCCCUCACCUGGUGCAAAUGUGAAAUAAAGCAGGCUUAUCUAGACUGUUUGUGGAGGUUGCCUAUUUUGUUUGAUUGCAAGAAACCAUGAACAGAUUGGCCAUCAGUCACUGCGUCUCAGCAAUGCAGUGGCAUCUUACAGCAUCUUACAUCUUACAGCAGCUAGGUGGGAGCUCUGAGAUCUAUUUGUGGUGGUCUGAUACCCUUAUUUUCUAUAAACCCACUUUUCCAAGGUGUCUGAGAGGUUCUUAAUCACUUUGUUGCAAUUGCUGCUAUAUUUCUGUCACUCACCUUGGGUGCAGCUCAUUCCUAGGAAUGCUGUGUGAUGCAGACAGAGCUGGCCUUCUGGUAGCUCCUGCUGCACAAGCCAUAUGCACCCUUUCUGGCUUGAAGUCAAAUGAAAAUUGCCCAUUGUGCACUGCUGGUCAUCCCACAGCUGCAACCCAUGAUGUGGCCUCCACUUAAAAUAAGUUUCUCAGUGUUGCAAUGCCUUCACAGUUUAUCUUAAGGUUCUGAAGCACGUACACCAGGAAUUUGUCCAUGUUGCAUACAAGGAAAGCAGAAAUACAGCUGCAUCUUGUCUGAAGGGAUCUCCUGUGUGUGCUUUCCCUUGCUUCUGCACUUCACUGUGGUGAGGAGGGGCAAGGAAGGGCACAAGAAAAGAAGAAGAAAGCCCAAAUAAGUGUUUGGUAUUGCUCUCAGAACACUUGAUUUUAACAGCACGAAGGUGAUGGUUACUCAUUGCUCAAGAGGUAGUUGUGAAAGGGCUUAAUCAGAAACGUUUUCAGAGAGCUCAAAUAGAUGUCCCUUCCAUUCUUUUUUUCUCCUUUUUCCAUGUUAAUUUUUAAGGAGUUAAAUUAGGAGAUGUCUUUUUACUUAUUAUGCUGUGUUUCUUUAUCAAAACCAUGUGCUGUUUCGUUAUUAAAAAAAAAACAAAGAAAUAAAAAAAAAAAAGAAAAAAGCUCUUGACAGAAAGGAAUCUUUACAAUUAAAAAUCGAGUGCCUCUGAUAUCCUGCUGGAAGUGAGAAGGUCUAAGAGUGCACACAGACCCAAUGCAGGGUUCCAGCUCUGGUGGUAUAGAAAGUGCAGGCUGCCUGACUGCUUCUGGACUGGAAAAGAAAUCAAUACAUCAAACACCUGAUUGCAUACAAAUUCAGUCCAUUUGACUUAAACCAGAAGAGAGAUGUAUAAAAACACUUGCAGUGUACAGUGGGAUGUCUCUAGUUCUGGAUGUCGAUUCUUUGGUCUCAGAACAAAAAUCUAGGAAUCAACACUUGGUUUUCUUAGAAAUUGCUUUUUUAGAUUCCCUUAUUAAGAGGGGAAUUUCAGGUGCUGAAUUUUAAUCUCAUUAAACUUGUACUUUUUAUUUGCCCAUUCACCUGGUCUCCUUUCUUUUUCAAGGCCUCCCACAGUCUCAGGGUGUGUAAAUCACUACGACUCAUCCAAAUAAUACUGAAAUGGACCAACCAGAGGUUAAUGUGCCUUUCUCUUCUGGUACCUUGAUCUUUGUAAAGCUAUCUCACAAACUCGUUGCUGUCUUAGGGCUGGGUGCAUGCUUUGUCUUUUUCUAAGAUGAACGUGUUGAAGUUGCAACAGGUUUGUACUGUUAACUUUCUGUGACUUGUUUCAUUUGUUUUAGGGUCUGGUGUCAGCACAAAUCAAUGCACUGGUUUGUCUUGGAAUAAAUCUUACCUGUGACUUCUGUCA